CACACACAAAACCAAGCUUGUAAUAAAUAUGCCUAGUCAAGCAAGACAAAUUUCCCCACAGGCUAGAAAUGUCUCAUUCAGCACAGUGAGUUCCUUUCCUCUCAGUCAAGAGGUAGGCAGUAUUCUUCCAAACGGGUCCUUAGAAAUCUGUUGGUUAUUGUGUUGAUCAGAGUUCUUAAGUUGCUUUUUGUUAUUACAGAGUCAAGUUAUAGUAUAAAUGGCUCUCCUCAUCCUGCUCUCUUUACUCUCCAUCAGUUCAUACCAGUUCUCCAAGGUUUCUCUGAAACCAGGCCCUUCCUUGCUCCUUAUGGCACAAUAGCAUUCAGUGAUGAGAAGCAGAACAAAAGAGGUCUUCAAAGAAGGGAAAAAAAAGUCAAGGAAUGGAAAUUUUGAAGCUAAGAUAGAAUCUUUGAUUUAGAACUGCAAGGAAUGGUAGAGACCAUCCAGUGCAACCCCUUCAUUUUACAAAUAAGGAAACUGAGGCCCUGAGAGGUUAAGUCACUCAGAUAAAAUGUCAGGGCUGGGAUUUGAACCAAGAUCCUUCAACCCCCAAAACAGAAUCCUUUCUACUGCACCAUACUACUUCAGGAGAAUCUCUGUCAUUUGCAGCAAUAUUCUAUUCACUGAGUGCUCAGAAGGAUAUCUAAGCUGACUUUUCCCCUCAUCCUUCUAUAGUUGUUAGGAUGGAAGGAGCUACCAGCUGUCAAGCUACUGCUGUCUGCUGAUCUAAAGUUGUUUGAUCAAGAACUUGCCUUUUUUGAUGUGGACAAGGACUUUGUGCAGGAUAUUUUGAAGGUACUGACUUCCCCCAAGCUUCAGGCUUGGUGUCUUCUUGUGGACUUGACUGUGGUUCUCCCCUCCUUUCACCUUCUCAAACCUCACCUCACCUCACCUCACCUUCCUACUGAUCCCCUUCCUCUGUCCCUGGCAGGAGCUGGCGCAGCCAAUAGAUGGAUAUGAUAUACUGAAGAAAAUCUCUCAGCUGUUCAGUGGUAUCUCAGGCCAGUGGACUCAGGCCCUGGGGUUGGUAGAACUUUGGUACGUCAUCCCUACCUCCAUGGGACUGCCCUUGGAAUACAGUUUCUAUGCUACUGCCCUAACACAUCUUUCAGCUAAUGUGGAUGCCAAAGUAGCCUUUCCUCUGUCUGACGAUUCUGUAACUCCUCAGUCAUCCAGCCCUGUAGUUCAAAUGCUUGCUGACAUCAAACCACGCAUGUACUGGUACUCUGUGGCAGCGAUGACCACCAACACCCCUGUCUUCCAGUCUGGCAUUGAGCUCCAGGCAAAGCUCCAGGCAGCACACCCAACAAAACUGGACAUGAAGUUGGACCUAAAAGAGAAAAACUUUAAGUGUGAAACCUUCCCAUGGCGCCAAGAGACUGAGCUGCUGAUGGCCAGGUAUGCUAGUCAUCAACAUCUUCCCCCAAACUCCUUCUUGAGGGAACAGAACAGCAAUGACAAGGCUGGGACUCAGCUGGAACUCUCAAAUUAG